UAGCGGGCGCAGCGGCACAACCACCGAGCCGGAGUGGAUUAAAGCAGCGUGCGUGCGUGUGUGUGAGUGAGUGAGUGUGGAGAGCCUCUCGGUAAACGGGUGUGUAACCAAAGUGAGAAACCCCGGGUGUGUAAUAGCAAGUCCGUCACACCAGUUUGCAGCUGCGAAACAGCAAAGGGGGGAAAAGGCUCUUGGUGAACUCAGUUAGUGGCCGUGUAUUGUGUGUCAGGCAGGGAGAGCUCGGCGGGAAUGGCUUCAUCUCCGUGCGGCAACAGUAACUUUGAUUCCGGUCUGGAAAUCAAAACUCGCUCGGUGGAGCAGACGCUUAUUCCUUUAGUAUCGCAGAUCACCACUCUGAUCAACCACAAAGACAAGCCAAAGAAGUCCGAGCGCACCCUGGCAGCCAUACACCGGGUGGGUCAGGCAGUGAGCGUGGCAGUGGGACGUUUUGUUGCCGUCGGGGAAGCCAUCGCCGCGGAGAACCAAGAGCUGAAGGAUGAGAUGGGUCAAGCGUGCUUCGAGGCACGCCGAGCAGGUGAUGCCAUAGCCCAGCUAACAGACGUGGGAUCAGCCUUGCCAUCCCAGUCAGACGGACGUGUCACGGUGUUCAGUGAUAGGACAGGGAUGGUGAAAGCUGCACGUUUGCUGCUCUCUUCAGUCACUAAAGUCCUGGUCUUAGCUGACCGCAUCGUUAUCAAACAGAUAAUCACAUCACGGAACAAGGUCCUGGUAACCCUCGACCAUCUGGAAAGAGUCAGCACCUUCCAGGAAUUUGUACAGAUUUUCAGCCAGUUUGGCAAUGAGAUGGUGGAGUUUGCCCACCUCACAGGAGACAGACAGAACGACUUGAAGGAUGAGAAGAAGAAAGCGCGGAUGGCAGCAGCUAGAGCAGUGCUGGAGAAAUGCACCAUGAUGCUCCUCACAGCCUCCAAGACUUGCCUGAGGCACCCAGAUUGCGAGUCGGCACGAAUCAACAAAGACGCUGUGUUCCACCGAAUGCGCUGUGCCCUGGAGCAGGUCAUCGAGAUAGUCACUGAGGCACGAAGCUGUGGGGAGAACAAGAUCCUUCCUGCCAGCAUCUACAACGGCAUUAAGGAUUUCAAGUCCAGCGUGGAGUGCCUGCGAGAGAACCUGUACUCCUUGUCACCCCAGAGCGUGGGCAGUCAGCUGGAGGCGCUGGUGGAGCGGACAGAGGACUUCACUGAUUCAGCCUACACCAGCCACGAGCAGCGGCAGGCCAUCCUAAGUUUGUGCCAGCUGGCGCGCCAGGACACUCAGCAGCUGAUGCACGCCUGGAUUGAGGCGCAGUCUAUCCAUGCCAAGGAGGCCACAGAGGACAUGGAGGUGGCCAUCCUGAAGACAUGCCAGAGCGUCAUUGACCUCAGACGUGAGCUCCAUAAGGUGGCAGUGAGUCGUGCCUCAGACUUGCUGAAAGUUCACGGGGAGCAGUUGCCUCUGCGGGCCCUCAAAGCUGCAGGUGCCGAGGGAAACCUGGAGGCAGUGGCGGAGUAUUCGCGCACACUCACUGAGCAAAAGGAGCAGCUGGUGGAGACCUGUCGGCUGUUGUGCCAUGUGUCGGGGACAGAGCCUCUGGAGAUUACCUGUAUACACGCUGAGGAGACCUUCCAUGUCAUUGGUCCACAGAUCAUGUCGGCAGCUCAGACACUGGCCCUGCACCCAUCCAGUAAGAUUGCUAAGGAGAACCUGGAGGUGUUCUGUGAGGCCUGGGAGUCGCAGCUCUGUGACAUGGCCCUGCUACUGAGGGAGAUCAAUGAUGUCUUUGAAGGCAGGCGAGGAGACAAAAGACCUUAUUUGUCACUGCCCAGACCCGGGAAACACUCGGCUAACUUGAAGACUGCCAAGGCUGUCAAGCUGGAUGCAGAGGAGCAGACAAGCAUGGCCAAGCUGGGUCUGGAGCUCCGUCUGCUGUCAUCAGACGUGGACACAGAGGUGGAAAAGUGGGAGGAACAAGAACAUGAUAUUGUCCGGCAGAGCCAGAGCCUGGCCAGUAUGGCCUACAACAUGUACCUGUUCACCAGAGGGGAGGGGCUGCUGAAAACAACACUAGAUCUCUUUCAUCAGGCUGAGGUUCUUUCUGAAGAGGGGCUCCAACUGUGCUCAUCUCUCCGCACUUUUUCCACUCAGCUGGUUGAUGAGGAGAAGUCCGUGGUGAUAGCAGAGAUGGAGAAACUGGUGGCAUUAUGCCAACAACUGCAGAUGGGGGCCAAGACUCCUGUACAGGGCAAGACUGCCACCUUCCAGAAGGUGGACUCAUCCAUUCAGACAACCAGAGGUAUUUUGACUGUGGUCCUCUCCCUCCUCCCAUUGUGCAACAAGCUCAACAAAAAGUACAAGUCAGAGAGGAGUAGUCUGGGUUCCCCGCAUGACUGGAGAGAGAGGCAGGAUGCAUCCACACCAGUUAAAGAAGAGGGAGCUCUCAACAGUAAGAACAGCAAUGGCUUUGGUGUCAAAACCUUGGAGCAGCACAUGGCUGGUCUUAAUCUGCUAGAGAGCAAAUAAUCCAGGAAAUAGCCACCUCCUUUUUUGUUCACUAUUCUCCCUUGGAGCAGCACAUAGCCAACCUCACCUUUCUGGAGAACAUGUAAUCCAGGAAACACUCCCCUCAUCCUCAUACACCCACCAUAGAGUGGGCCAGAGCCGUGGGGUGAAGAUGGUUACCUUGGCUCAGUCAGAGUUUGUAUUUGCUGUUUGGAUGAUGAAUUUAAAGGUUUAUCGAGGGAAAAAGUAGAUCCAAGCUCUCUGUGCCCAGGGGGCAGUUUUACCCCAGGGUAGCUUGUUACCUGAAGCACCUGUUCCACCCCAGUCCACAAGAUGGAGACAAUCAGCCAACACAAAGACUUUGCCAUUAGCAGUGAGCCUCCUCAAAGAGAGGCCUGGCACAAGCCUGAUUUUAGAAUCGCUUUUAUCACUUCUCUGGCUAUUGAGUUGAAAAACUGAUUGUAAAACAGCAAAGAACUCCACUAAAUGCUCAGCUCAGCCAUACAUCUGUCCUCACUACGUGCCUCUGCGUAACAAGCCUAUUUGCUCUGUGGUGUACUUUAAACGUGUUGCACAUGUUAGCCAAAUGGAAAAAAAUUAAACAACAACAACAAAAAAAAAAACAAAAAAACACUUGAAUGGCUGAAAACCCAUCAUGCAUGAUGCCAUUAACACUAAGUCCGUGUGUUUGAGUCUCCUACGGUAAAUGUGUCAUAGGCUUGUAAUGUUAACACUUGUUAUGUAAUGUUAGCCAUAGUGGUACAUUCUGUCCUUGAUCACCGGCACUGUAGUCAGCAUCUCACUUGGAUAAUUAAGUAUUUUAAAUGUCGAUCAUGCCAUAUGAUUGUCUAAUUUUCAUAGGAUCUACUGUGGAACAUUCCCCAUCUGCCAUGUUAGUAACAAAAUGCAAAAACAAACAAAAAAAAAAAAAUCACAAUUUAAUGCCAAAUAUGAUUGUCCUCAUGAAGACUGUGAUCUUCAG